CGUUUUACCUCACAGGUCAAGGUCCCCCAAUAUUUCUUCUGUUCAAAUCCUUUUUUAUUUCUAAUAAUCAAUCUUUGUGUGUGAAAAAAAAACAUGAAGUUUUCACUCUCUGCUUUGGCUUUGGCCAAUGCCGUCUCGGCAACCCGCUGGAUGGUGUACUACGACCAGUACCACAUCACGCCUCCCCCCAACAAGACCCUCACGGCGGGCAUCACACAUGUCAUCACUGCCUUUGCCCAGUCAGACUUGUUCCUCAACUCGUCGGGCAAGUAUGAGCCCUUCAAGCCCAUCUCUGAGAUUCGCGGCAUGUUCAACAAUGGAACAAAGGUCUGCAUGGCUAUUGGUGGAUGGGGAGACAAUGUCGGCUUCAGCAAGGCCGCCCUCACCGACGAGAGCCGCAAGGAGUUUGCCAAGAACGUGGCUGCUACCGUCGACAGGCUAGGCUACGACUGUGUCGACAUGGACUGGGAGUUCCCUGGUGGCAACGGCCAGGACUACAAGCAAAACCCCAACUCUGGCCGCGUCAGCGAGAUCGAGACGUUCCCCCUGCUCCUUCAGGACAUCAAGGCCGCCAUCGGCACCAAGGAGCUUUCGAUCGCCGUCCCCGGCAAGGAGGUGGACAUGAUCGCCUACACCGCCGAGCAGGUGCCCAAGAUCAACGCCGCCGUCGACUUCAUCAACGUCAUGGCCUACGACCUGAUGAACCGCCGCGACAACGUCACGCUGCCCCACACCGACGUCAAGGGCUCCGCCGCCGUCGUCGACAGGUACAUUGCCCUGGGCUGCGAGCCCAAGAAGCUCAACCUGGGCUUCGCCUUUUACGCCAAGUGGUUCACCACCGCCAAGGGCGUCGAGUGCACCACGUCGACGGGCUGCGAGACCGCCCUGCUCGAGGACGCCGAGGGCAACGACACGGGCCUGUCGGGCGCCUUCACCUUUGAGGCCGCCAACUUCGCCACCACUCCCACCAACCUGACCCUCACCACGGACGCGUCCUGCGGCGCCAACACCUUCAACAAGUGCGCCGAGGGCGACUGCUGCAGCCAGUACGGAUUCUGCGGCAACACCGCCGCCCACUGCGGCACCGGCUGCCAGUUCGGCUACGGCAAGUGCGACGGCUUCUCGACCAAGGACUCGUUCCAAAAGGCCAUCGCCAACGGCAAGACGGACGAGGCCCUGGGUGCUCAGUGGUACUGGGACUCCACCGCCAGCCUCUACUGGUCCUGGGACACCCCCGCCCUCAUGAAGCAGAAGAUCAACGACAUUGUCUUUGCCAAGGGUCUCGGCGGCGGCUACGCCUGGUCUCUGGGCGAGGACACCUUUGACUACAGCCACCUGGUCACCCUCAGGGACGGCCUGAAGAAGAAGUGCAAGGCUUGAACAAUAUGGAAAAAAAUGCCAUUUGGGCAUCAAACGGGGGAAGUGGAAAGGAGCGGAAAUGACUAGGCUUUGACUGCGUCUGUACCCGUUUCCUUUUUGUGCUGGUGUUGAUUCGUCACAGUAUUCUGUACCCUGGCCAAUUAGCGUCAAUCGCUUCUCCUGAUAGUCAAUCAGAGAUUCAUCUCUCAAGUUGUAUCUUGCGCAAUAAAGUGAUUUAAUAUCCAUGGACGUCCGAGCAGGAAUGAAAUGGGGAGGACGCUAAAACAUGGCGCAAUAUAGAGCCUAUUGACUCGUCGCAAGUGUCAUGUUUGUCAGGCCACAAAGUCUAAAAUAUGGAUUUCUUUUUAUAUCGCUGGUAAGCUGCAAACCUGCAUACGAUCAUGUUGGUCCGCGGUUGUAAUCCGGGAUCAGGGCCCGGCUAAAGUUUCCCGAUUGAGGCUGGAGCUGGGGGAAUUUACUUAGCAACUUGGUAUAUCUGAAAUCUCGAUUUUUACUUUUCGACGUGCUCUAUCGCGGACAUCAAGGUCCCUUUCUAUAUCCAUAUCCACUUUCAUUUGAUGCCGAAUGGGAAUUCCAACUCAGCUCUCCCCUUGGUCCUUUU